AUGAGGAGGAUCAGCGAGUGUGUCGAAGCGUUGAAGAGGAUGAUGAUGAUAGUGAUGAUGAUGAAGAUGAACAUGCGGUAUGAAGAGUUUCACCCGUUCCUCUUCUGUCAGCAUGCGAAGAGCCGCUAUGUUGAGUUUGAGUCUUUCAACAAGGCGGUGGAUGAGUUCUUCUCUCAGAUGGAGAGCCAGAAGCUGGACAUGCGGGCGCUGCAGCAGGAGAAGCAGGCAAUGAAGAAGCUGGAGAACGUGCGGAAGGACCACCAGCAGCGCCUGGAGGCUCUGCAUCAGGCUCAGGAGGUGGAGCGGCUGAAGGGGGAGCUGGUGGAGCUGAACCUGCCGGUGGUGCAGCGGGCUCUGCAGGUGGUACGCAGCGCUCUGGCCAAUCAGGUGGACUGGGUGGAGAUCGGGCGGAUGGUGACGGAGGCGCAGGCGGCGGGAGACCCAGUGGCCUGUGCUAUCAAAGAGCUAAAGCUGCAGAGCAACCACAUCACCCUGCUGCUCAGGAACCCGGAGGCGUGUCCAGAGGGCGGAGCCGCAGAGCUGCAGAGCGGGAAGAAGAACCGCAGCCGAGAGAAACCAGUGCUGGUGGACAUCGACAUCAACCUGUCUGCACACGCUAAUGCUAAGAGGUAUUACGACAGCAAGAGGAGCGCAGCCAAGAAGGAGCAGAAAACUGUGGAGGCGGCACAAAAGGCCUUCAAGUCUGCGGAGAAGAAGACCAAGCAGACGCUAAAGGACGUGCAGACGGUGACCAGCAUCCAGAAGGCCAGGAAGGUGUACUGGUUCGAGAAGUUCCUGUGGUUCCUGAGCUCUGAGAACUAUCUGAUCAUCGCGGGUCGAGACCAGCAGCAGAACGAGAUGAUCGUCAAGCGCUACCUGCGGGCAGGAGACCUGUAUGUUCAUGCGGAUCUGCACGGAGCCACCAGCUGUGUGAUCAAGAACCCGUCAGGUGAGGCCGUACCUCCGCGCACGCUCACAGAGGCUGCUACCAUGGCUGUGUGCUACAGCGCGGCAUGGGACGCUAAGGUGAUCACCAGCGCGUGGUGGGUUCAGCAUGAUCAGGUGUCCAAAACGGCUCCGAGUGGAGAGUAUCUGACCACCGGAAGCUUCAUGAUCAGAGGGAAGAAGAACUUCCUGCCUCCCUCAUAUCUCAUCAUGGGCUUCGGGUUUCUGUUCAAGGUGGAUGAUCAGAGUGUGUUCAGGCACCGAGGAGAGCGCAAGAUGAAGACCCUGGAGGAGGAGGAGGAGGACGGGACCAGCACCACAGAGAUCCUGGAGGAGGAAGAAGAGCUGUUGGCUGAAGACAGUGGGAACGAGGCUGAGGAAGAGGAUACAGACAGCCGGACAGCAGAUGAUGAAGAGCAGCGGGUGUGUCGAAGCGAUGAGGAGGAUCAGCGAGUGUGUCGAAGCGUUGAAGAGGAUGAUGAUGAUAGUGAUGAUGAUGAAGAUGAACAUGCGGUCAGCGCUGCAGAUGUAGAGGAUACUGCAGACUCAGAGGAGGAGGAUCCUGGAGUGCAGAUCAGCUUUCCGGACACCUGCAUCUCACUGUCACACCUGCAGAUCAACAGGACUGCACACACUGACACUACUGACCCGCAGGAGUCACAACAGGUGAACACAGAUACGCAGGUGAAGAAGCACCUAACGGCCAAACAGCGCAGAGACAUGAAGAAGAAGCAGAAACAGGAGAACACAGAGGAUCUGGAGGAAGGAGACCCGAAACAUCCGGAGACUGCCAGAACACCCACAAGUAAGAGCGGAGGAGUGGCUGCGGCACCGCUGAAGAGAGGACAGAAGAACAAAUUGAAGAAGAUGAAGGACAAAUACAAAGACCAGGAUGAAGAGGACCGAGAGAUGAUGAUGAAGAUACUGGGGUCCGCAGGUUCCACCAAAGAGGAAAAAACAAAGAAGGGCAAGAAAGGAAAAGCAAAGGAAGAGCCAGUAAAGAAAGUUCCGGCUCAUCAGAAAACAGCAACGAAGCCGAAACCUGAAACCACCAGCCGGACGAGCGAGAACAUGGAAGAUCCAGCUGGAGGAGAUCAGGAGAAGGAGCUGGAGGAUGUGGAUAAUCCCGCUGUGGAGGACUCGGAGAACCUUCUGGACUCUCUGACGGGCCUCCCGCACCCUGAGGAUGUGCUGCUGUUUGCGGUGCCGGUCUGCGCUCCGUACACCGCUCUCUCCAGCUAUAAGUAUAGGGUCAAACUGACACCAGGGACGCAGAAAAAGGGCAAAGCGGCCCGCACUGCUGUGCUGAGCUUCAUGAAAGGGAAAGACGCCGGCGCUCGAGAGAAGGAUUUAUUCCGCAGUGUGAAGGACACAGAUUUGUCCCGAAACAUGCCGGGGAAAGUCAAGGUUUCUGCUCCAAACCUGCAGGCGGUGAAGAAGAAGUGAAGCUGCUGAUCAUCACCUUACAGAAGAACACUCAGCGUCUCAGCAGAUCCUCUGAGCUCGCGCGCUCGUGUGUGUGUGUGUGUGUGUGUGUAAAUCAUUCUCCUUCAUGCAUUUAAUAAAAGAUCACUCAGA